AUGGACCUGCCCUCUGUGAUGGUGUUGCCCCUUCUGAUUGUCGUUGCGGCGGGGUUAUACUACAUCUACAAUAAAGUCAUGCACUUCAUGUCCAAGUCCUUAGUGCGAAACAAAGUGGUGGUGAUCACUGAUGCUGUGUCCGGGGUGGGAACAGAGUGCGCCCAUCUCUUCCAUAAGGGCGGUGCCAGGCUGAUCCUCUGUGGGAGUAGCUGGGAUAAGCUGGAAUCUCUGUAUAACUAUCUGACUGAUGGUGCUGACCCCAGAGAGACGUUUACCCCAAAGUUGGUGAUACUGGACUUCAGCGAUAUGGACAGCAUGGAGGACGUGGUGGCUGAGGUGGUGGAGUGUUAUGGCUGUGUGGACUGUAACAGCAGCAUGAAGCUGAAGUCCCCGGUGCAAAGUGUCUCCCUCGAACUUGACAGAAACGUCAUGGACAUGAACUACUUCGGCCCCUAUGCUGCAUCGAAGCAUGCGGCGCAGGCAUUCUUCGACUGCCUCCGGGCUGAAGUGGAGGAGUAUGGGAUAGUUGUCAGCACCAUCAGUCUUACUUUUAUCAACCCCUUUGAGCUGCAACCUGUGGAAGGGCCCACCCCUAAACAAAACACCCUGGCUGCAUUUAUCACCAACCAGUUGACCCAUGGUGUGUGCCCAUCAGCCCUGGCCAAUGAGAUUAUGCAAACGGUGAACAGGAAGACGAAGGAGGUCGUGCUGGCACACCCUAUCCCUAGGGUGGCCCUCUACCUACGUUCCCUCCUCCCCUCCUUCCCCUUUGCUGUGCUGGCUGCUGGAGUGAAGGACUCGGUCCCGGAUGAGUAA